AAGAUUUCAUUUAAACUUGUUGAAAUUGUCGAAUGUGAAUUUGAGACAAGCUUAAUUUAAAAUUUGGUAUUACUUUUGAAAAAAUCGUCUUGUUUGAAAUUCCAGAACCAUUUAAAGGCGAUUAAAAAUGUCAAGUGUAAGGGAUAUAGAGAUUCGAGGGAUUAGAAAUUUUGGUGACGAAAGUUCAAAAGCCAGAAUUCAUCUUUCGAAACCUCUUACGUUAAUUCUUGGGGCCAAUGGUACCGGCAAAACAACGAUUAUCGAAGCUCUUAAAUUUAUCACAUCGGGAGAAUAUCCGCCUGAUUCUGACAGAGGAAAAUCUUUUGUUCAUGAGCCAAAACUUACUUUAAAUCAUACGGUCCGUGGUCAAGUAAAAGCCAAAAUAGUAGAUAAGAAUGGUGAUAAGCUUAUAGUUACAAGAACCAUGCAAGUUUCGCGCCAAAAAACUGGUGCUCUGAAGUUCCAAGCCCUAGACAAUACCAUAACAAGAAUUGAUGAACAGACCAAGAAAAAAGUUCAGAUAAGUAGUCGAUGUACCGAUGUCGAUCGUGAAAUAUUAAUUGCGAUGGGUGUAUCUAAGCCAAUAUUAAAUUAUGUCAUCUUUUGUCAUCAAGAAGAAUCAAAUUGGCCAUUAGAAGAUGGGAAAAAGUUAAAAGAUAAAUUUGAUGAAAUAUUUGAUACAUCAAAGUAUAAUAAAGCAAUGGAUACUACUACAAAACUUAUUAAAGAUUUGCAGAUAGAAUUAAAUGAAAUUAAAGCAUAUGAAGUAGGGUUGAAAGCCAUGGUAGAUGAAGUACAUGCCCAGGAAGAUAAAUUGAAAGAUUGCGAAAGAAGAGAAGAGGAAAUAAAUAAUAGAAUAAAGGAAAUUGAGAAACUCAUCAUGUCUGUUGACGAUAGAAUUAAAGAUCUUGUUGUAAUAUACAAUAAACAUGAGGAUAUUGAGCAAUCAUUAAAAAUAGUUGAAACUGAUUAUAAAUUAACGAAGAAUUAUAUUCAAAGCUUAAAGAAACACAUUAAAAAUAUAUAUACAGGUUCUAAAGAAGAAUUAAUCCACAAAAUAGAAACAUUUGAUUUGAAUCUUUCUCAAAAAGUUGUAAAAAAGCAAGAGUAUACAGAUAAUUUGCACAUUACUGAAAAGAAUGAAAAUAUUUUGUCAAAAAAACUUGCAAAUGAUAGAAUUCGAUUAGGUUCUUUAAAGCAGAAAAAGAUUGCAUUUGAUGAAAAAGUUAUAAAACGUAAUGAAUUAUUAUCUAAAUCUUUAAGAAUGUGGAACGUAUCAGAAUCUGGUUCUACCAUUACAGAAGAAGAAGUAAAAGAUUAUAUAAAUGAAAUUAAAAAGAAGUUUGAAGAAUUCAGGUCAUCUAUGAACAAUAAAAUAGAAGAAAAUGAACAGGAGGAAAGACAUGUACAAAGAGAAGUAGAUGCUCAUAGAAUUGAGAAGACAGCUAUAGAAUCUGAAAUGUCUUUAAAAGAGAAAGGAAAAAACGAGAUUAAAUUAGAAAUUGGUGAAUUAAAAAGAAAAAUUAAGGAGGCAGGAGAAGCUGGUGAUAAAUUAAAUAGCAUCGAGCUGAAUUUAAAAAAUGCUAGUAGGAAUUACGAAUCACUUCUAGAAGAUUUCGAUGAGGAUUUAAUAAAAAAGAAUUUACAACUCGAAAAUAUAAAGAAAAAAGAAUUACAUAUUAAAUUAAAUCUUGUUGAACAAGAAAUAAAUUCUUUACAUCAACAGAGUUCUCAGCAAGCAGAGCUAGAAUUAUAUCAAAAUAAUUUACGUGAUAAAGAAAAAAGUAUAUUGGCUUUGCAGAAUAAACAUAAAACCAAUCUUAAUCUUCUUUUUGAUGGUAAACAAAUACCAAACAAAAAAUUAAAAGAACAUCUAGAAAAAAUUCAAAAAUUAUUGUUUAAUGAGAAGGAUAAUUUAGUGCAUAAAAUUGAGGAAGAGCAGCAACAAAUAAUUACAUAUGAAACGACUUUAAAAUGUAAUCAAGAACAAUUAUCAAAAAUGAUAUCUGAGCUUGAUGCUUAUAAGGAAAAGAUUUUUUCCAAAUGUCAAAAUAAUGACUACAAUGAAUCUUUAUUACUCCAAGAAAAGAAGCUAAAGUCGCUUCAAGAUCAAAGAGGCAUAUACACAAAUCAAUCUUUACUUUAUGACACAUAUUUGAAAUUACUUAAAAAGAAAUCGUGUUGUCCAUUAUGUGAUAGAGAAUUUAAAAAUAAUUCAGAAGAAAAAAAAUUAGAGCAAAAACUCUAUUUAGAAAUUAAAAAAAAUCCUCAAUGUUUGAAAGAUUGUGAAAAAGAAUUAAAAGAGGAACAAACUCGUUAUGAUGUUUUGCAACAAUUAAAGCCAAUAACAGAGAAUAUAAUAGAACUUGAAAAUGAAAAAUUACCUCAUAUUAGAAAGUCUAUGGAAGAAAUUAAAAUAAAUCUUGGUAAAUGUGAACAAAAAGUUGAAAAUAUGAAUUUGAUACUUUCUGAACCGGAUGAAAAAUUGCAUAUAUCUAAACAAAUAAUGAGCGAUGUGGUAUUAUUAGAUAAUUAUAUUAAUGAAAAAGAGAAAUUAACACAAUUAAUAGAAGCUAAAAAAAGUGAAAUGCUUAAAGCAGGUAAAAUUGGAGAUAGAUGUAUGGAAGAUGUACAGAUGGAGCGUCAGGAAAUUAAAAAGAAUCUUUCCACUACCGAACAAAAUAUUGAUAGUAUUCAGUCAAAUUUACAAUUAUCUCAAGAAAAAAUACAAAAAGCACGAGAACAAAAAAAUAAACUUAACGAGGAACUUUUACAAAGUCGUCAGUGUAUGCAAAGCUUAAAACAGUUGAAAGAUAAAGUUAAGGAUUUGUAUGAAAAAGAAAAUUUUCUCGAGGAAUCUUUAAAGUCCUUAAGACAAAAGCUUGUUGGUGCGGAAGAAAAAUUAUCUAUAAAUGUUGAAGAAUUAAAUAAUCUUAAGCAAAAAAAUCGAAAUGAGCAGGAUAAAGCUUUAAAUUUUAAGUCACAAAGUACAACAGAAAUGCAUGAAUUAAAUACAGUUCAGAAAGAAGUACACACAUUUAUAAUCGGCAAAAUUGAAGAAAGUUUAUUAAAAGUAGAAUUAGAUGUAGAAGAAACAAAAAAGGAAUAUGAAGAUAUGAAAGUUAAAAGAUUAGAAUUAGAAGAGCAUAUUCGAUUUUUAGAUGAUCAGUGCAGAUCUCAAGAAACAGGUAAAAAGGAACUUGAAAGUAAUUUGGAAUUAAUUUCAAAAGAAGAAGAUAUUGUAGCUCUAAAUGAUCAACUUAUAAGUUAUAGAACAUUAUUAAAAGAUAUGAAGUUUGACGAAGUUAAAAAAGAAUAUAAAAAAUUGCAAGAACAAAAAGAAAAUUUUGAAAAAGAAAAAAGUUCAAUCAAGGGAGCUCAAGGUGAAUUGAGCAAUUCCAUUCAAUCGAUAAAAACGAAUUUAAAUCAAGAAAAAUACAGAAUGGCUCGUCAUAAUUAUAAGGAAAAACAGUUACAAUUAGUUGUACAAGAAGAAGCCAUUGCCAAUUUAAAAAUAUACGUCACAGUAUUAGACAAAGCUAUGAUACAGUUCCACGAGGAAAGAAUGAAUACUGUAAAUAAGAUAAUGGGCCAAUUAUGGAAUUUAGUAUAUAGUGGAAAUGAUACUUCCUCCAUUCAAAUACGUGUACAGACUACAGAAGGUAUUGGUGAUAAAAAACGAUCAUAUAACUACAAACUCGUUCAAGUAAAACGAUCGACUGAAAUGGAUAUGAAGGGGAAAUGCAGCGCUGGACAAAAGGUUUUAGCUUCUAUUAUUAUUAGAAUGGCUUUGGCUGAAACAUUCUGUACAGAUUGUGCUGUACUUGCAUUGGAUGAGCCAACGACAAAUCUAGAUGAAGAAAAUUCAACAAAUUUAGCAGUAACACUUUCAAAAGUAAUACAAUUACGUUCACAACAUCAUAAAAAUUUCCAAUUUAUUGUUAUAAGUCACGAUGAAAAAUUUAUCUCGCAUCUGUCUAAUUUAAGUGGAAAGCAAAUGUUUCAAGAGCUCUAUAGAAAUAUUGAUGGAUAUAGUUUAAUUAGACGAAGAAACAUGGAUGAUUUUAUAAAAAAUAAUUCACAGACUGAUAAUUAUAAUAAAUUAGAAGAUGACUCGGACGACGAAGACGAAGAUCUAGACGAAGAGCAAUGUAGUAGUAAUCGAAAACGAAAUUAUAGUCUAGAAGAUCUUGUAUCCAAAGAUCUAAAAAAAUCAUCAAAAAAAAAAUUACAUUAAAAAUAUAGACAAUAUUAUAUUUAUAUAAUUUUUUAAAGAAACAACAAAUUUUUAUAAGUGUCACGGAUAACGGUAACCCAGUUGAGUGUAUGUGGCGAAGUAAAAUAUGAUAUUCAACACAGUAAAUAA